AUGACUACAAAAAUCUUCUUUUCCCUCUUAAUUCUGUCCUGCGUUUUUUCCAAGUCAGCCAAAGAAUCCCUCGAGGCAAAACUCGAAAAAAUCCAAGGUAAGCUCAGCAAGGAGUCAGGGGCCGCCGUAAUAGAGCUCACGGACAACGAAAUUGAAUACUUAGUUUACAAUACCAGCAACGACUGACUUAUUCUCUUUUACGACGCCGAACUAAACAGCUCAGGACUUCUUAUUGCGACCUGGAAUUUUGCAGCCCGGAAUCUCUUUGAAAAAGAAAAUAUGAAGGUCCCGGUGUGUAAGGUCGAUUUAAGGAAAAAUAAGAGGAGUUUCCAUAAGUUUGGGCUGUACGACUACCCUGCAGCUGUUUAUAUACAUGAAGGGUAUUAUUAUAAUAUUACAAAACCGUUUAAAUUAGACCCAGUUAUUUCACUUGUAAAGGAUAAGACUUAUCAGAACUACACAAGUCAUAAAUUACCUACCUUGAGCAGGACUAAUUGGGAAAAAAUUGUUAAGCUGUUAGGAGAAUGUGACGUUUGUGCGUUUGGGAUAGGGUUUGCAGCAACAAUUGUUAUAGGAUUUAUGUAUAGGGUUUUGAGUAAGAGGAUAGGAAAUAAGCAAAAAACAGAGUAA